AUGCUCCUCCUGCACGAGCAAAACCUCUCCCCCGAGGCCAUCGUCGAGGCUGUUUCGUCCAUCUUGCACGGCGCCGGGAGCGGGUGCAACGCCACUUUUGAGGGCGCCUACGGCGGAGACGAAUACCACGUCUUUCGCGUGAGCUUCUCUGACAUGCCGAGCGUGUGUCUGCGCGUCGAGCACGCGCGGCACGAGGAUGCGCCUCAGGCCAUCCUGGACCGCGUCGAGGGCGAGCGGCGCAUGUACGAGCGGCUGGGAAAGGUGGAUUUUCACUGGUCGACGCGACUGGUGGGCGCGAGCCUCUCCUUUGCGAACCCAAUCGGGUAUCCGUUCCUGGUGCUGGAUUUCGCGGGCGAGGAGCGGCUGCGGUGGACGGACGAGGUGCCGCGGCAGCCGGCGAGGGCGGCGCUGUUGAGGAGGCUGGCGGAGAUUCAGAUGCAGCUGGUGCAACGCACGCUGGAGACUAGAGACAUGACGGCGUACGAGUACUUUGAGCAAAAGAUUCAACGGCGGCUCACACGCAUCCGGCAAGGCAACCUCCCCGAGCUGGCCGAGCAAGACGUGCUCGAUCAAUUAGCCCUGCUGCCUCGCGUCCUCGGCGAGGACAAAAACAACAGACUGUUUGCCAUGGAGCACGGCGACCUGAAAGCAGAGAGCAUCAUCAGCAGCGGCGAGCAAUUCACCAUUGAAGCGUAUCUACUCACCCCCUUCUGCCUUGACUUUCGCUCCUCUUGGCUAAUGACGGCCCCGUCUUCUAGCAUCGUCGACUGGGGCACCGCGGAGAUGGUGCCCAUCAUGCAGGCCGCCCGGCUGCCGCCCCUUCUGCGGUGUGAGUCGGCCGACGACGUGCCCACCGAGACGAUGCUUCGCGACCGGGAGUCGUACGUAGCAGUGGCGGCGAUGGCGGCGGCGGCGACGGCGGCGACGGCGAGCGCGGGCAAGGACACGUCGACGGCAACGGCGGCGGCGGCGAUGAGAAAGGCGCAGAGAGGACUGAAUGUCGACUUUCGGACGCUGUAUCUGGAAUCGAUCAAGAGCGAGGGCAUGCUGGCGUCAAUGGCACGCGCGGGGUGGCGGCUCCCGUACUCGGAGCUCGGCGGCGAGGACUAG